UUAGUGAAUGUUAUCGGGACGACACAGCAGAGGCCGAGUGAGAAAGAAAAGAAGAGAUUCAGAAACUAAAAAUAAAUAAAAUCAUAAUCUGAAGAAGAAGAGAGAUGGUGAGGAUACUUCCAAUGGCGUCCUCAUCUUUACAUCUUGCAACGUUUCGUCCUUGUUUAUCUUCUUUCAGAUUCUCUGCUAUCACCAACACCACCACCACCGCUCGUUUUGGUGUUUCUCUUACGGCUUACAACCCUUCUAGAAGACUCGCUCUCUUUCAUCUCGGCAGUGCCAUCCCACAAGCACAGUUGUUUAAUGUAAGAUCGCCAAAGGGGUUAAGGACAGAGGGAAAUGGCGUAGAGGCAGGAACAACUGGUAAUAUAGCUCAAGCAAGUACUGCCACCAGCCAGGAAAACGACUUAGAAUGGGUAAAAAAGGACAAACGGCGAAUGCUUCACGUUGUUUAUCGUGUUGGGGACUUGGACAAGACCAUAAAAUUCUACACAGAGUGCCUUGGGAUGAAGCUGUUGCGGAAGCGUGACAUACCUGAGGAGAGAUACACAAAUGCUUUUCUUGGUUACGGCCCUGAAGAUUCCCAAUUUGUGGUUGAGCUCACUUACAAUUAUGGGGUCGACAACUAUGAUAUCGGAAGUGGUUUUGGUCAUUUUGGUAUAGCAGUUGAGGAUGUUGCAAAGACUGUGGAUCUCGUAAAGGCCAAGGGUGGAAAAGUAACGAGGGAAGCUGGUCCUGUCAAAGGUGGCAGUACUGUAAUUGCAUUUAUUGAAGAUCCAGAUGGUUACAAGUUUGAGCUUUUAGAGAGGGGACCUACACCAGAGCCCCUGUGUCAAGUAAUGCUUCGUGUAGGUGAUCUUGACCGCGCCAUAAAUUACUAUGAGAAGGCAUUUGGCAUGGAGCUACUCAGGAAAAGAGAUAAUCCAGAGUACAAGUAUACGAUAGCCAUGAUGGGAUACGGUCCUGAAGAUAAGAGCACGGUUCUAGAGUUAACAUACAACUACGGUGUUACUGAAUAUUCGAAAGGAAAUGCUUAUGCACAGAUUGCUAUAGGAACAGAUGAUGUUUACAAGACUGCAGAAGCUGUUAAGAAGCAUGGUGGAACGAUAACCCGUGAACCUGGGCCUUUGCCAGGCAUCGGUACGAAGAUAGUAGCGUGUGUGGAUCCCGAUGGGUGGAAAACGGUGUUUGUUGACAAUAUUGAUUUCCUCAAAGAGCUCGAGUGACAUGGAAGAGUAACAUCACAGUCACAUGACGCUGGAGCUUUACAUGACUGAAUCAGUUUUGCUGGGAUCUACAGCGGUUAUGUCAGUAACGACAUCAAGGUUGCUGCUGAUUUGAUUCUUCUAAAAGCACACCCCUGCGUAAGAGAGUACCAAAUUAGGUUCUGUAGAUAAGAUAAAAAAAUUUAUUAAAUUGCUUAAUCUGUCUAGUAAGAGUUGUAAGAUAAGGACGGCUGGCUUACAUUAGUUCCAGCAUUGUAGGAUAUUUCCAAUAAUAUUCCUUCUGCUAACUGAGUUAUUUUUCAUUAAUUUUCAAUCUGCCCUCUCCCAUUC